UGAGAGAAUUUAAUCAUGCGAAAUUUAUUAAUACAGGCAUUACUCAGCUUUUUACUCCUGUUAUCGAACAACAAUGCAUCUUAUUCUAAUAAAGCAAUUGAUGAUUAUUUAUUCUGUGAAGACCAUGGAGAAGUUCUCAUGAUUGAGCUUCAGACAUUCGUAGAUCCCCAGAAUGUGGAAGAAACAAUAAAACCUGAAAUUCUGAGACUUGAACAUUUAUAUCAAAGUAAAUGGGCGAAAGAAUUUCUGGAAUAUAAAUACAGGAAGGCGUUUGAAGUAGAUAUUGCUCUUCAGAGCAAAAGUUUUGGUAAACUUUUUGCGGAAACAUCAGGCAAUUCGAAAAAAGACGAAGUCCAAACUGAUGUGAUGAAGAGGGAUUUGAUGGAAGUGGAGAACGCAGUGAAUGCAAUCAAAGCUGACCUUCAAGGGCUGAGAACCGCAGCAGUCAACGCAUCUAAUGCAUACAGAAAAAAUUUAAAAACACUGAAUAAUACUGAAAUUAUGGAAGCGUAUAAGACGGCUCGUUACAAUUUUGCUGAUAGCACAGACGGACUACGUGACAUAAUAAAACUAUUGGAAAUGAAGAGGAUUGAAUUUUUAAAGUUUCAAACCCAGGAAUUUAGAAUCAACUGGAUCCUCGAUCAAAUGAAGAAAGAUGCCGAGCAGUAUUGAUGAGCUGCAGAAAAGAGAGUUCGAUUUCAAAGGAUUUCAAGCAUUGUUUGCUUCUCUUUUUUGUUAUUUGAUGACUUCGUCGAAAAGAAAAUUUUAUUCUCUACAACCGCCUAUUCAUUAAUUCUUUUUGUUUAAUUAAAUAUAACAUUUUCCUUUGUGA